GUGUUCAGUGUGUUAAAUUUUCACUUUUCAAUUGUAUAAUGCUUUUAAAAAAAAGGAAACACGGUAAAUGUCAAAAUCUGUCUUGUGCUUUCUCUCCUCAGGACGAAUUUUUAGACGUGAUCUACUGGUUCCGGCAGAUCAUUGCAGUUAUUUUGGGAAUCAUCUGGGGAGUAGUUCCGCUGAAGGGAUUCGUGGGAAUAGCAGUAUUCUGCCUGAUCAAUGCUGGUGUUCUGUACCUCUACUUCAGUAGCUUCCAGCAGAUAGAUGAGGAGGAGUAUGGCGGGACGUGGGAGCUGACAAAGGAAGGAUUCAUGACAUCUUUUGCACUGUUUCUGGUUGUUUGGAUAAUCUUCUAUACUGCCAUCCACUAUGAUUGACACGGUCUGCAGCUUUUGCCUGUUAAAUCAGUCAUCAGUAAAUCAAGAAGGUUUUAAUAAAUUAUAGUCUUUAGUGGACUGGUGGGAAGGUGGGGAAGUCAAACCAACCUCCUUCUGUACCAGUGGUCUGAUUAGCCUGGAAGAGCCCCAACUCUUCUGCUGGAGAAGUCUGUCUCCGUUUUAUAUAUCCGUUAAUUGUUGGAACUAUUAAAAAGCCAUUGGAAUUUUUGGAAGUGGUUCAAGACUGUUCAAAUUUUGAACUUUCUGUGACUCUAGCCAGUAACUCUAUCAAACUCCUGUGUGCUGAAGGUUGAAUCUGUUAAUUUAAUGUAUGUAUGCCCUUCUGUUUGAAAUCUGUCAUUAAAUCCUGACUUGUCUUCCAUAGCUGUCCUUAAGACAAACAGUUUUUAAAAAGAAGUUGUAGGCUUCGUGGGAGAAAGGCACGGCAGCAUCCAGGAUAUGAGUUGAGGGCUGUCCCUAGCAUGUUUUUGUAGUAAUCAGAUCUGAUUUGAUUAAACAGACUGUCUUGUUACCAUUUCUAAUAUUUUUUGUCUUACUUGCAAAUCAGUUGACGACCAGAAUUUUAAAAUGGUCUUUGCUGAAUACAAAUUUUUAAGCAACUUUACUAGCAAGAAUUGUGAUUCAUUUGGUUAACGAAGGUUUAACUUGAGGUGUGUUCAGGAGGCUUAGAAACUCCACUGCGUUCUGCUAGCCUGACUACUGAGUUGCCAGCACAUACCUCAGAGCUUAGUAGUCUUGAAGGACAGUUCUUCUGGAGAUACCCUUUUAAAUGUUAAGCAUUUAAAUUCUUUGAUUUUUUUUUUAAGCUUUUGAAUUCAACUGCUCCUCGUUAAUAAAUGCAGGAGACUAAGACACAAUUGAGGCAGCUAUUAUCUUAAAUGCAGAAUUACUAACUUGCAAAUCAAGCAAAGUACAUAAGCCUCUGGUUUGGGAGGUGCUUUUUAUGAGUUGAUCACUUCAUAGCUGAGUUCCUCCCCAGUCGUGCCCUUCUUGUGCAUCAGUGGGGGGCACUCUCUGCUUUAAGAUAUUUUUAAGGACAUAUCUUUCAGAAAUAGUACUUGGGAAACACGCACAGUCCUUGUUCUCGUCAGAGGACCUUACAGUCUUGUUGCAGUGUGGUCCUUGCUUUUUUAAACAACAGCUCAGGCACCCAAAGAGAGUCCUGACCUAAAGCUGCCUUAUAGUGAGGAGUUGAUAGUUGUAGCGUGCUCUUGCUGAGAGUCUGCAUUGCUUUCUUGCUGCUGGAAGUUCAACAGCCCACUUCUCACACACGAGUAUGCAAAGCCAGGGAUCUCAAUCUCUAAGUGCUGACUGAGGCUCCACCUCCAUCCUUACCAAGGAAAAUGCUGUCUCUUCCUGGUGGAAAAAACACACCUGGCUAUUUUAGGUCCUUGGGAUGCCAGGGGAAGAGUGCAAUAGCAGACGGUUCUGCUACUUGUGAGUUGCCAAUUUAAGUGAUCUCAAAUAAAAACCUGUAUUUGCUCCUCCCCGUCCCCAAACUUGCUGAGUCUUUUAGUCUGAUGCUUUCUUUUCUUUUCUUUCAACUGAAAGCAUUAAUUUCCCCCAGGAAUUGCAUAGCCUGCUCGUUCUAGGUCACCCUUUCCUACUGGCGUUUGUUUGCAUCUUUGCUGCUCGCAGCCAUCAGUAAAAUCAUUGUAUACUUGAAAUGCUCUAAUAAAUGUUGCCUGGAUAAUCCA